UGGAAGUGAGAGCGGAGUGACAGGGGCCAUUUUGACUCUGUAUCCAAAGGAAAUGACUGGUCUGACGGGGUCUGGGAGCCGGGGUACCCAGGGUCUGGGACCAUGACAGCCAUGUUUCUCACAGAUGACCCCAGAUUUCUGCACUCUGGGCAGUAUGUCAGGUGCCACUGGACUUGAUCUGACACCCUUUACCUAAAGGAUGGCCAAAGGGCUCUUGGUGACCUAUGCCCUUUGGGCUGUAGGAGGCCCUGCUGGGCUCCACCACCUGUACCUGGGAAGGGACACUCAUGCACUGCUCUGGAUGCUUACCCUGGGGGGUGGCGGGCUGGGCUGGCUCUGGGAAUUCUGGAAGCUCCCGAGCUUUGUAGCUCAGGCCAACAGACCCCAGAGGCAGAGGCAGAGCUCAGUAGGGAGGACACCCCCUCUCAGUUUCAUUCGCUUUGUUGCCCAGGUGAUAGUGGGCAUCUAUUUUGGCCUGGUGGCUCUCAUUAGCCUUUCUUUCAUGGCCAACUUCUAUAUUGUGGGCCUCCCACUGGCAGUUGGCUUAGGGGUCUUGCUUGUGGCUGCUGUUGGCAACCAGACCUCAGACUUUAAGAAUACGCUAGGGGCAGCAUUUCUUAUUUCCCCUAUCUUCUACGGCCGCCCCGUAGCCAUCCUUCCCAUCAGCUUGGCUGCCAGCAUCACAGCCCAGAAGCAUCGCCGCUAUAAGACUUCAGUUGGGUCAGAAACACUCAGUGUCCGGCUCUACCGUCUGGGCUUGGCUUACCUUGCUUUCACAGGCCCACUAGCCUAUAGCACCUUCUGCAACACAGCAGCCACCCUUAGCUAUGUGGCAGAGACCCUUGGCUCCUUUUUGAGUUGGUUCAGCUUCUUCCCCCUCCUUGGCCGCAUCACAGAGUCUGUCUUCCUUCUGCCUUACCGGAUCUGGAGGCUGCUGGUGGGGGAUCCUGGUUUCAGCAACAACUCCUUCCGUGAGUGGGAGAAGCUCUAUGAGUUUGUUAACAGUUUUCAGGAUGAGAAGCGUCAGCUGGCUUACCAGGUUUUGAGUGUCUCAGAGGGGGCAACAAAUGAAGAAAUACAUCGAAGAUACCGGGAGCUAGUGAAGAUCUGGCACCCUGAUCACAACCGACACCAGACAGAGGAGGCUCAGAGGCACUUCCUGGAGAUCCAGGCUGCAUAUGAAGCCCUGAGUCAGCCCAGAAAGCCCAAGGGAUCCUGGAGGAGAGCUUUCUAGGAGAUCCACUUUUCCAAGAAGGAACAAGCUGCCGUGGAGUGGGGGUAGUACCGCUAUCGCAAACUUUUCUGCUUGGUGAAGUAUUGUAGAGAGCCCUGAGAUUUUGCUUGGGUGGUUGGACUGGCUGAAUUCUCAGGUCUCCCCCUGACCCUGAACUACAUACUCUGCUGCCUAGGAGCUUACAGUCUGGUGGGGGAUAUAACAUACACAGAUAUCCAAGUUCAUCUCCUUCAGCGUUUUGAUCUAAGUGUCAUAAGAAUUAUAAGUGGAGUACACUGGAACAUUGGAGAAGGGGCAGAUGACAUUGUUUGAUGGGGACUCAUGGGAAAAUUUAUGAUUUUAUAUUUCAUGUGCCUUUAUGAGGGCUUUGGGGAAACCGAGGGAACCAGUGCUUGAGUAUCUCAACAGGGUCUUAUUUAAUUUCCAUGUAACUAGCCAAGUGUGGAAGAAACGUCUAGGACGGAUAGGAAGACUGGAGAACCGGAACAUGAUGUUAAACUUAUAUACUUUUACUCCAGUUUUCUUGCUCUUCUUUUGUGUUUGUGUGAUCCCUCGAACUUUUUUUUCGGGAAAUUAACUCUGAGUGAUAUCUAUCUAUCUAUCUAUCUAUCUA